UUAGACAACCAAUAAAUCAGUUUCGGAAAGGUGAUCUAGCUGUGACUGUUUCCAGGUGAGUUGGAGGGGAGGAGGAGCCAAAAUACAGAGACAUCUCCGGAUGUGGGAACAAGUAGCCUACACGUCUUGACAGGCCGAAGUGGAGAGGAGUUGAGUUUUCAUUUUAGUGAAUUCGAUGGGAGAAUAACUGGAGCAUUUGAAAACGGGGCAAAGAGGUAAACAACAAGAUGGCACAAGAAGAACCGCUGUAUGAUUUCCCAGAGCCCACCCAGCCGUCAGAGCGCAAGUUAGGGAAUCAAAGAGGACACGGCUCUCUGAGAAGCAUCAGCGUGUUGGACCGUCUCCUGCUCACAGUUCCUGUCUGGCUUCAGCUGUCCAUCAACCCUGCCACCGCACUGCACAUACUGCAGAGGGAGCCUCCUGGGACCUUUUUGGUGCGUAAGUCUCGCACGUCCCAGAAAGACGUGCUGUGUGUCCGCUUGACAGAUGACAGCUUGCCAUCGUUUGUUCAGCAGCUUGGCAUCCGACAGGAACACUCCACUCUGUCUCUGGAGACCUCAGCCAUCAGCUUCCCAGAUCUCCCACGACUCAUUUCCUUCUACUGUGUCAGCAGAGAUGUAUUACGCUUCCCUCUGGAGCUUCCUGAAGCCAUUGCAAAGGCAACAUCCCACAAAGAGCUUGAGUCAAUCUCACAUAUGGGAAUAGAAUUCUGGAAUUCCCACCUAAACAUCCGUGGGCCACGGGGGGCCCCUAAGACCCAGGAGGACAAAAAAAAGAAGCCAAAGGCUGUAAAUCCAGUCCCACCCACUGCUGCCCCACAGACAAGCUCGGCAGCUCAGUCUGACUCAGUUCCCGAGCCGGACUCGGCCAACCAGCUCAAGACAGCACCUAAAUCAGACACCGCCACCAAACAAUCAGGUUCCAAUCCCACCCUGUUCCAUGAGUUUUGUCCAAUCACUACACGCAGCCCCGGAGAGCUGGACUACGGCUCCAGCCAGGGUGCUCUCUGUUUCAUCAACCCUCUUUUCUUGCAGUCCCAGAACGCUUUGUCCAGACGGCGCAUGUUCAAACACAGCCUCAAGGUUCGGAUUUCCACAGAGUCAUCGACCCUUCUUUCGCCCCCGCUUGCUCCUCCACCUCCACCACCUCUGAUGCCUAAAACCAAACGACAAUGUAAAGCUCAGAAACCGGGACAAGGAACCGUCCAUCCCUUGAAAGGUCUUUUACACGGUGAGAACUCAAGUCAGGACACCCCCAGUGAGGCCCGAGUUCAGCCUCCGACAGUAACUCCUCACCUCCAGCCUAAGGUGCAGGAGCAGGGCCAAACACAAAUGGACCCAGGCCAAAUGGAAGCUGGAAUCAGGGGGGAUACAACUCAGUUACCAACAGUCAUGGAGAAUCUUCCAGACGACUCAGACUACAUGCAGCCGUCUCCAAUGAUCAAUUUCUCCCUCUCUCCCUCACUCCCUCCUUACCUCUCCACAUCGGUUUCUCGCAAGGCGCCUCCCCUUUUCCCCAAAGUAUCUCCGUCCCUCUUUCCUCAUGACUCUCCCGGUUCUUCCCCCCCCCUCUCGCCUCAUCAACCCCAAUCUCUUUCUCCCAAGGCUCCCUUUUCCCUCUCUCCAUAUGACUCACCCAGCGCUUCCCCCUCUCUUUCACCUUACCAGACCCCAUCUCCUUCUCUCGCACUCUCUCCAUCCUUCCCUCAGCUGGCAAAGCAGGCCUAUCAUACACCUGCUACUCCUUCAAGACCAGAUCAGCCAAGAUCAGAGAGAGAGGCUAAGGAGGAGGGUGCAGGUGUUGAGGGAAAUAAGGAUGAAGAUGUUGAGACAAAUGAGGAACUGCACACAAAGAGGGACGAGGAGGAUCUGGUUUUACAGAGGACCGCUGCCUCUGUAAAUGACACAGACAGCUGCAGUUCCUUCAGCAGUCUCGAGGGAGCAGCAGAGACUCCACCUCACUCACCCCACCAACUGGACAAUGGUACAAGCCUGUAGCGAACAACUGAAUUACAUUAUCAAAGUAUUGUGUAGAAUUCUUUAAAUAUUUAAUGAUGAUUCAAGUUUUGUAUGUUUUAACCGCAAAUUGUAUAAACUUAUUAUGCUCUAUCACCGGUCAUUUUCUGAAACCAAACCAAAAAUGUAAAAAAAUUAAAUUAAGAAAUUUCAGACUUGAAACUUUAUUGGGUAAGGUAGUCCAUAACAGUUAACCUUAAGUUUCCUUUAUUUUUUUUGCAACAAAGAUACAAAUAAAAAUUACAUCAAAACUAUUAUUCUGACAUGUAAUGUAAUAGCAGCAACAAUUUAACCGUAGAAACCGGAUCAUUCCCAUCAUCCUAUUAAGUGACCAUUAAAUAGGAUGAUGUGAAUGAUCCGGUUGUUUCUACAGUUAACUUGUUGCUGUUCAGCAUUAGAUCAGAAUAGUAUAUAAUUUAAACAGACUUUCAGACUUCAACUACGCAUUUGUGUCAUUUUACUAAAGGUCCUACUUCGAAACAUCAAGGAUAUUCAUAAUGUUAUUAAAAUAUAUAUGAAAUUCACCCACAAUCUGAAAUUGAAUUUCAAUAUAUGAAAUGAGCAAAUGUCUAAUGGUUCUGAUAGAAAAAAAUACCACUAAGAUCUUAUGAAACACAUUUUAUUUGUGCAGAUUCAACACCACAUUUCUUACAUAUAGCGUUUUAGGCCUUUCAUACAGAGAAAUAUUUUAUACAGCCAAGUAAUCAGCCAUAACCUUUUUUUAUACCAAACCUGGCAAAAAAAAGAGCAUUACGUACUAUUUUACCUUUUAGUCAACAUUAAGGUAGUUAACAGUCUUAACCGGUCAGAACACCAAGGCUGAACAAAGAUUUAAAUUAAUAGACAAGCUGCAAGGAUGUUGACUGUAAAAAUCAAUUGAUUGACAUCAUUUUUAGUACAGACAAAACAUGUCAUAAUGAUCAUUUUGUGAAGAUCUGAAACUAAAUUCUGACCGUGCCAUGAUUAGAAAGUGAAAACCACCUUCAGUCAUUUACAUGCACAUUUAUACCCAGGAACCAUAUUUACCGCCAGGCAGCAUUGGUUUAAUGGACAGUUAUCAGUAC